AUGGACUCAACAUUUGUGUUUGAUUGGAAGUUGAUUGUUGGAUCUAUCGGUUCAUUAUUUUUUGCAGUGUUAUGUGCUGGUUCAGGUAUUGGAGGUGGUUGUUUUUAUUUAGUAAUUUUUGUAUUAAUUCUUCAAAUGGAUCCUCAUCAAGCUAUUCCUUUGUCUAAAAUUACUACAUUUGGGGUUGCUUGUGGUGGAUUUCUAAUUCUUUGGAUGAAAAGACAUCCAAAUGUUCGUUAUAAACCAUUGAUUAGUUAUCCAACUGCUUUGAUGGUUGAACCAUUAACAAUUUAUGGAACUAUGAUUGGGGUAAUAUUCAAUAUUAUUUCUCCUAGUUGGUUAAUUAUUAUUGUGUUAGUUCUUUUACUUGGAUUCACUUCUUAUAAAACAUUCGCUAAAGCUAUUAAACAAUGGAAAAAUGAAAAUGAAAAAAGAGAUGCUGCUAAAGCUACUGAACUUGUUGAAACAUCAAAACCAGAUAUUGCUGAUAAUGAUAACGAUGAUAUGAAACCAUCAGAAAAUGGAAAUAAUGCUGUUAUUGUAGAUGAAAGAGUCCAAGAAGAAGAAGAAGGACAAGGAAGUGGACCCAAAUUAUUGCCUCAAGACGAGAGUCAAGAAGCACAAAAAGAAGCUAAAAAAAUAGAAGAGAAAACAUUAUUAAAGAGAGAAAUAAUAAAAGCAAUUUUGUCAGUUGGAAUAUUAAUUGUUGUUUGGGCAGUUAUGUUCUUUAUUGUUAUUCUUAAAGGAGGAGAAAAAAUGGAUAGUAUUGUUGGAAUUGAAUGUGGAACACCUUGGUAUUGGGUUUUAACUGCAAUUGGAGGACCAUUAAUGUUAGCUGUGACUAUUGUCGUUGGAAUAUUCUUAUGGUGGAGACAACGUGGAGAAGAAGUUCAAGGAGAAGUUCAAUGGACAGUAAAGAAUUGUUUAAUUAUUCCAAUUGGUGCAUUCUUUGCUGGAGUUAGUGCUGCAUACCUUGGCAUUGGUGGUGGUAUGGUAAUUGGACCAAUAUUACUUGAAAUUGGAGUUCUUCCACAAGUAGCAACUGCAACAUCUGCAUUUAUGAUUAUGUUUACUGCAUCAUCUUCUUCAUUACAAUAUAUUAUUGAUGGAAAGUUAGAUAUAUUUUAUGGACUAUGGUAUUUUGCUAUUGGAUUUAUUGGAGCAGCAUUUGGUCAAUUUGGAUUCUCUAAAAUUGUCCAAAAAUUAAAUCGUCAAAGUAUUAUUGGAUUCUUCCUUGGAGUACUUAUUGUGUUAUCAACUCUUGCUAUGAUUGCUAUCACUGUAGUUCAAUUAGUUAGUGAUGUGAAGAAUGAUAAUCUUGGAUUUAAGCAUUUGUGUAAAGUAGCUGUGGAUUAUUUCUCUUCUUCUUCUGAGCUUUAA